AUGAUUUCCGGCAUCCAUCACGUUAAUAUCCUCGUGCCCGAUGGCACCUUGGACCAAGCCACCGAGUUCUACGGCGAUACCCUCGGCCUGGAAUCAGCCCCCGUGCCCGAGCUCCAGAAAGGCACGAUCCUUUGGUUUAACCUUACCCCCGAUGGAAGUCAACAGAUCCACGUCAACCUGGGUCCUAACCCCGAGCUCGACUCCCGGCGACACGCCUGCCUGCGCGUCUCGUCGUUGGAUGAGUUGCAGACGCUGCAGAAACGCAUCCUAGCGCAUCAAGAAAACGGAGGUCCCGCAGCUCCGAUGGAUGUAGACCGGUUGGGCAUGUGCUCGGGUCCGACGGAGGAAUAUCCACGUCGGUUCUUUGCCCGGGAUUUUGCGGGCAACCGACUCGAGUUUAGUGUUUAG